UCAAAUGUAUUAUUGCCGACGAUUGAUAAUCAAAAAUUGAAGAAAACCACGAAUCCCCCAGAGUGCAGCGAUUCCGUAAGCCGGAGAAAACAUCCGAAAGUACACGGUCCCGAUCAAAGGUACAUAAUAUGAUACGUUCCAGUGCGUUCAUCAGCCGGCUACCGCUGCGUGGUAUCGCGGCAGCGACACUCAACAGCAAUAGUGGUCUGUUGCAAUCGCCACCCAGCUUGGCGGCACUGCAAGCAACACAGGUCCGCCACCGAUCGACACCGAUCAACACGGUGAUAAUGUUUGUGCCCCAGCAAGAGGCAUGGAUCGUGGAACGGAUGGGCAAAUUUCACCGCAUCCUCGAGCCCGGCCUGAACGUCCUGCUGCCCGUGGUGGACCGGGUGAAGUACGUGCAGAGUCUGAAGGAAAUCGCAAUAGACGUGCCGAAACAGUCCGCCAUCACGUCCGACAACGUAACGCUCAGCAUCGACGGUGUGCUGUACCUGCGCAUUCUCGACCCGUACCUCGCGUCGUACGGUGUGGAGGAUCCGGAGUUUGCCAUCACCCAGCUCGCCCAAACGACGAUGCGCUCCGAGCUGGGCAAGAUGUCACUGGACAAGGUGUUCCGGGAGCGCGAAUCGCUCAACAUCAGCAUCGUGGAGUCGAUCAACAAGGCGAGCGAAGCGUGGGGCAUCUCCUGCCUGCGGUACGAAAUCCGCGACAUCAAGCUGCCGAGCCGGGUGCACGAAGCGAUGCAGAUGCAGGUGGAGGCGGAGCGGCGCAAGCGGGCCGCGAUCCUCGAGUCGGAGGGUGUCCGGGCGGCCGACAUUAACGUGGCCGAGGGUAAGCGACAGUCGCGCAUCCUUGCCUCCGAGGCGCAGAAGCAGGAGGAGAUCAAUCGGGCGAAUGGUGAGGCGGCCGCCAUAAUGGCGCUGGCCGAUGCGCGUGCGAAAAGUCUGAAAAUCGUGGCCGAAUCGCUGGCGAACGAGCAUGGCCGCAGUGCGGCAUCGCUGAGCGUGGCGGAAAAGUACGUGGUCGCGUUCGAGAAGCUGGCCAAACACAACAACACGCUCAUCGUACCGUCGACCGCGUCCGACGUGACGUCGAUGGUGGCACAAGCAAUGCAGAUCUACAGCAAUCUCUCAGCCAGCUCGAGGGCAGCUGCCGGCGGUCAUCAGGCGGGCGGUGACGACAACACGCAGAACCUGCUGGGGACGCUGAGUGAAACUAGUUCGAAGCUGGACGCGACACUGCCACCGCUCGAUAGCCAUCACCACGGGGACAGCAGUAUGGGGGGUGGUUCUUCUUCGAAAUAAAAGCAUGUUGGGUUUACACACACAAAACCGAAACUGGAAAA